CAACACGAAACGGAAGCGUACUUACACGAUUUUGCACGCAAACUCAGAGAAGAACAACUAACAAGCAACAUUGCCACUUGACGCUCUGGCAGUGGGUUACCUCUAGCUUUAAAACUUUAUCUCAACUCACUUGUUGCAUCUGAUAAGGCCACUCUCCAGCGCACGCCUUCGGAAGGACCCCCACUGGUUUUUGUCAGCUUCGGGCCGCUUCGUCACGCGGUCGCGCCACAGCUAGAGCGCUUUUGGUGACCUCAUAACAGCAGAUCUAAGCUACUCGACUUAGCUCGCGAAGCCCGGCGGCAGACUCGGAGGCGGAGGGUCAGCCCCGUCGAUGGCCCUCGAGGCUGGUCAGCUGCGUUGCGUCCUUCAGUACGCUAAGGGCCUCAAGGACCAGGACUGGUUCGGCAAGCAGGAUCCCUAUGUCAAGCUUCGUCUCGGCAACCAGGAGCGGCGGUCACGCACGUGCAUUGAUGGCGGCAAGAACCCGGUCUGGGAGGAGACCUUUGAGUUCGGCAUCAUCAACGAGAACACGCUGGAGCUGACGCUGAUGGACGAGGACACGCUCACACGCGACGACCUCAUCGGCACCGCCACCAUCAGCCUGGCGCGCACGCGUGAGCAGGGCCACGAGGUGGUGCAGGCGCCCGUGUACACCAAGCAUUAUAAGGCCAAGGGCUUCGUGCAGCUCAGCCUCACCUUCACGCCCAAUUCAAGGCUGCGCCCCGGCGCGGCGGCCGCGCCGGUUGCCUACGGUUACCCCGCGGCGGCGCAGCCCGCCUGCGGCGCCUGCAGCGGCGGCUACGCCGGCGCCUACGGGCAGCCGCAGCCGGCGGCCUACGCACCGGCGCCGUCGUUCUACUACCCGCCGCCUGUGGCGCAAGCGCCCGCGUACGCGUAUGCGGCGCCGACUCCGCCGGCCUACGGCUACGGCUACCCGCCCGCGGCUUACCAAAGCAGCGCCUCCUACAGCUACCCGCCGCCCGCACCCGCGCCGCAGCCGGCUUACCAGCAGUCGGCGUCAUAUCACUAUCCGCCGGCGGCCGCUGCGCCGGCCCCAGCCGCAUACCCAGGCUACAGCGCCCCGCCCGCGUACCCAGGCUAUCCGGCGUACGGUGCAGUGUAUGGCAAGUCGAGUUAGAUAAAUAAACAACAAAGGAGGUACGGGGUGUGGCUCGCCAACAGCGAACGUUUGGGUGUGGUGGGGAUUGGCAGAUGGAAGAGUCUUGCAGGACGGCUGAAUUGAGGUGUUCUGCUCUCAAGCAUACAUGGUACAUGUGAAUGUUUUUGUUUGUCUAGUUUGUGAGUGCGGUGUUGAGGAGUGGAGGAGUGGCGAUACGGGUGAGGAGUGGUAAAUAACAGACGCCCGGCAAGCGCUUGGGGUGCACGAGAUGCAACGCCGCCAAGACUGCACCUCUGUGUGCACAGAUACAUGGCGUUUGCAUAGCUAGAUGUUAACACUGCUGCUGAUGCAUUUAAAAGAGGGACGUGUGCCCUCAGUGGAGUGCGCUGGACAGGUUUGGGCGCGGGUUUGGGACUUUGGGUGCUGCGUGCAGUGCUGCGUGGGUAUGCGCAUGCCGACGGUUUGGAAUGGGGGAGUGGCAGUUGAGCAUAAUCGGGACCCUAGCGUAUUCAUAUGGACAGCUAGCUAUUCUUACAUUGAUUGCAAUCCUAAGUGACAAGCGCACGAACCGCAAAGGGAAUCAUGAAAUACCGGCCAUGUCCAGUCCUGAUGUCUCGACAUCGUGAAACUGCUGUAAUGCAACAUGGGC